AUGAAUAGUAUAAAGGGUUCUGCUAAGGAAUUGUUUAAACAUUUAAAAGACGAGCUCAUACAACAAAAUAAUACUUACUCAUAUGAUGAGGACUCUAAUAUAAUUUCUUCUACCAAUUCUAAUGAUGAAGAAUACUAUGAGGACAUAAAAUAUUUAAAAAAAGAACAAUUAAAAGCAUAUAUAUGUAAAUUGAGAAAAGAACUAAGAAAUUAUAAAAUGAGAGAAUUACAUUUACUGAGUGAAAUAAAAUAUUUAAAAAGAAAAGUCACAAGACUCAAUGAUUUGAUAGAACAUGAUAAUAUAUUAUUAAGAGGGAAUAGGAAAGGUAGUAAUUCUUUGAAAUAUUAUGAUGAUAACUAUAGUAAUAAAUCAUAUGAACAAGGUGGAGAAAUGUCUUCUUGUUAUAUGAAAGCACCAGAAGGAAAAUAUUUAAUAAAAAAGAACAAGUUUUUAUGUGAUAGUAAAAAUACAAUUCAUAAUUUUCAUAAAAAACGUAGAGAUUUUUCUAUUAAUAGUAUAAAUGAAAGUAUAAAUAAUUGUCGGAGAAAUAGAUCUAUGUCGAAUACAUUAUUAUAUAAACAAAACAAACAACAAAACAAACAACAAAACAAACAACAAAACAAACAACAAAACAAUCGACAAAACAAACAACAACGUCAACAUCAAGGAGUAAGAGGUUGGGGAUUAGAACUAGGAAGGGAAGAACACAGUAGUAAUAUGUUACAUAAUAUUACAAGUAAAUCUGUUUAUUCUUUAAAGAAUGUAAAUGGAUAUAAUAAUGAUAAUAUUAAUACAAUUCUUUAUAGGAAUAAAUAUAACAGUAAUAAUUCAACAUCUUCUUGUUAUAUUAAUAAAAAUAAUAAUAUUAAUAUGAAAAGAUAUAAUAGUUCAACAUCUUUACUAUGUAGUAAUAAAAAUAUAAACUUAUCAAGAAAAAGUCUUAUAAGUAAUACAAUGCAUAAUAAUAAAACAAAUAAUAUUUUUUCAUCAAAUAGGAGCCUUGCCUCUUUUUCAAAAUAUGAAUUGAAAGAGCAUCUUAUUAGUAACAGUAAACAUAAAAGAAAUAAUUUGUUAACAAAUAAAAUUAACCAUAACAUAACAAGAGAUAUACAAAAUUAUCAUAAGACUCGACAAAGGAUUUUAUCAAAUAAUAAUAUAUCUGAAAAAUCCACAGGCAAAUUGUUAAAUAAAUUGUCUACAUUGAAUAAUAAAAAUAAACAUGGUCAAAAAAUAUUACCAAAGAAUAAUAUUAAUAUAAAAUGUAAUAUCAUGAAUCAUAAAGGUAAUAACACUCCAAAUGAAUGCCCUAGUAAUAUAAUAACAAAACCUAUUUCUAAUGAUAAAGAAAUAAAAAAAAAGAAAAAAAAAAAAAAAAAAAAAAAAAAAAAUUGUUAUGAGGACAUGUUUCAUUUUAAACACCAUCAAAAUAUUUUAAAUAAAAAAUAUACAUCAUCUUAUGAAUAUACAAAAAACAAAACAAAACAAAAUAAAGAAAAUACGAUAAAUAAAAACGUAAAAGGGAUAUCACAUAAAAAAGAAAAUAAUAUUCACUCCUCAGAAGCUACAAAACAUAAUGUGGAACAAAUAAAAAAUGACGCAAAAAUCCAAAACAAUAAUAAUAUAUCAGAUGAAAAUAAUUCAUUUGUGUUGGAUCCAUUGGUAUCUGAUGAGAAUAAGCACCAACAGGAAAUAAAAGAUGUUAAACUUAUAAAUGAUGAUGUUAAUAAAACAUCACCACGUUUAAAUGAACAAACAAAUGUACAAAAUGUUACAAGCGAAAAGAAUAUGACAUACACUUCAAAGAGUAACCAUGAUAGUUUUAUAUCUUCAGAAAAUGAAAGGGUUAAAGAAUACUUAAAUAAAUGUAGAUUAAAACAAAAAAAUAAAAUAAAUACUGAACAAAAAAAAAGUGAGAAACAACCAUCUUUAAAUACCAUAACAAAAGAAAAUAGAAAUAGCAAAUUGAUUGACUUAAAACAACAUAUAGAUAUAGAAAUAAAGGAAAAUUUUAGAAAAGAACUGGAUGAAUUAAAAAAAAGAAAUAAUAAUAUUAUUUUAAAACCUUCCAACUUUUAUAAUUUUCCUAUGGAUACUAGUAGUAGUAAUACUAGUGAUAAUUCUGAUAAUAAUAUAUGCCAUAAAAAAGAAAAUAUGAACGAUAUGAAAUGUACUAAGUAUAAUGUAAAAACAAAUCCUUUAAAGGAAUCAACACUAUUAAAUAUAUCCUUUAAUUGUAUUGAUAAAAGGAUAACCAAUUUACAAAAUUAUUUGAAAAAUACAAAGAGGUAA